AUGGGUUCCGGCAACAGCAAACCCGCCGAACGUGUUUUCGAUGGCAGCGAAACUCCGACAAACAGCACCCGGGAAAAGUCGUUAGAAAUCCAGGUCCAAUCCCGCGUUGAGAGCGAAUUGCAGCGUCUGCAUUCGCGGGAGUCCCAGAUUCUGGUUGAUCUGGAGAGUAGGCUCUCCGAGAGCGAUAAGGAUGGGGAUACGAAGGGGUUAAGUAGGGAGCAGGUGCAGGCCGAGAUCGAUGCGCUGAAAGAGAGGUUGGAGCGCAUGCCUAGGAUGAUCAAAAUUGAUGGCGAGGUGGAGAGGGCGAGGGGGGAGGUUGUCAAGUGCUUGAGAUUGAAUGAUCGGACACCGUUAGAUUGUUACAAAGAAGUGGAGGAGUUCAAAAACCAGACUAGACGGAUGGAAAAAGAAUUCGUUGUCCGGACCGUGGGAAGGGACUACCCGUGAAAGGGAGCUGAUUGGUUUAGGGAGGGAUUUUUUGCAACUACGGUAGAUCUGGUGAUGGGAUAGUUUAGGUUGUUAGUGGGCGCCUGCAUUAUUGGUUUUGCUCAUAGGAUGGUAUCUCUAUUUGGUACUAGAAGCUAUGAUACCUCCCUCAAGGCCCACCUGGAGGAUAAAAUAAAUGGAUAGAUUUCGGAUGUCAAUUCCGUUUCGGCGGUGCAAGAGUGAGCUUUGUUAGUCGUUUGAUUGUUUCAAGGGUCAAAUGGCCCUGCUCUCAAUAUCAUAGUUCCACCUCGCAAUAGGAGCCCUCAUUUUACCCUCCGAAAUAUCUUGGUUCGAGGGCGGCAAUUCUAGCAAACUCACGAGAGCGGAGGGCACGGCUGGGU